CACGGAUUAAUAUAUCGGAGUGGAUCCAAAGGUCAGUAUCGUUUUGGCGAACACCAACGCCGCCGGCUAGGGCUCUCUCUCUCUCUCUCUCUAAACGGCGUCGCAUGGAGUAGAAUAUAAUCCGAAGCUCACCCAGUCAGUAAGGUGAUGAAGGAAGAAGAAGAAGAAGAAGAAUCUGAAGCUCAGUAAUAAACCAAUCCCACAUCCCACAUCUUCUUCUUCUUCUUCCUCAAGAAUCUUCACAGAAAGCCUACAAUGGCGUGUGCAAUUGUGUGCGGAGAAUCAUCGCCGUCCCACAUUACGCUUUUCCGAUGCUUGAAUCGAACCCUGGACUCUAUCAAGGACAAUAUCGCUAUCAUCUUCGCUAACAUUUUGGGCUGCCAAGCUAACACCGAUGAAAAUUUCAGGAAUUGUAGGAGUGAGGAUCUAGUUCCAUCUAGUUUCGAGGAAUUGCUGGCAAAAUGGGGUGAGGAUAACCACUUGAUUGAUCAGGAUUGGUUUUCGAGGAAGAAGAAUGCCGGCAAUGAUCAGGAUCCGCAGGCAGAGUUCAAUGUGUUGGAUACAAUGCUGAAGGAUAGUUUGGAGCGUCUGAAAACAAUGAGGGAAUCAGUGGCAAAGAUAGGUUUUUUGGGAUGCACUUUGACAGCUAAUUACUCAGAACACAUGGACAUCAUAAGGGGUUUAUGCGUUGAUGGUAAGUUGGGGUCUGCCUUUUGGCUUCGGAGAAAGAUGAUGAAGAAAGGGAUUAUUCCAGAUGUAUCGACACAUAAUUAUCUAUUGAAUGGACUGUGUAAAGCUGGCGACUUGGAGAAGGCAAAUUUGCUUAUCAGGGAGAUGCUAGAAAUGGGUCCCGCUCCCAACUGUGUCACAUACAACACUUUUAUUAAGGGUUAUUGCCUUCUUGAUAAAGUGGAUAAAGCUCUUUAUCUUUUCUCCACAAUGGGUAACAGUGGUAUUAGGCCGAAUAGUAUUACUUGUAAUAUUCUCGUACAUGCAUUGUGCAAGAAAGGUCUUGUGGAGAAUGCUAGGAAGCUUCUUGAAGAGAUAUUAGAUGAUGAUGAUGAUGAGAAAACAGACUCAGGUAUAAUCACCUUAACUACACUUAUGGAUGGUUAUCUUAAAAAUGGAAAUAUGGUUCAGGCACUUAGUCUUUGGGUUGACAUCCAAAGGAAUACCCAAGUAGAUGUCAUUGCUUAUAAUGUUCUCAUCCGUGGAUUUUGUUUGAGUCGGCAAAUGAACCUUGCUUAUGGAUACUUCUGUGAAAUGACCAAAAGAGGUUUACAUCCUGAUGUUUUUACUUGUAAUACACUUAUAAGUGGUCUUUGCAAAGAAAGAAAGUUUGAGGAGGCUUGUUACAUCCAUGGUAUUAUGCCAAGAAUGGGAAUUACUCCAGAUAAAGUUUCAUACAAAAUAAUUAUACAAGGCCUAUGUAUCCAGGGAGAUGUUGUCAAAGCUCAUGAAUUUCUUCUUAGUAUGUUAGAGAAGUCGAUGGUGCCUGAGCCUUUGAUAUGGAAUUGUAUUAUUGAUUGUUAUGGAAGAUAUGGGGAUCUUAGUAAUGCAGUUUCUGUUAAGGAUCAGAUGUUUGCUUUUGGUGUUCAACCAAACGUAUAUACUUACAAUGCAUUGAUCCACGCACAAGUGAAAGGAGGAAAUAUCAUUGAUGCUCUUUCUCUUGAAAAGGAAAUGCUUCUGUCUGGUCUUUUUCCUGAUGUGGUCACUUAUAAUAUGUUGAUAGGGGGAGCUUGUAACUCAGGGCAUUUGGAAUUUGCCACGGAGCUAUAUCAUAAAAUGCUGAAAAUAGGACUUGAUCCAGAUAUAUAUACUUACACUGAACUAAUCAGAGGGAACUGCAAGAGAGGUAAUAUCAAGGAGGCAGAAAAUGUUCUUGCGAAGAUACAGGCAUCUGGUUUGCCUAUUGAUGAUGUUCCAUUUCAGAUACUUUUCAAGAAGUACUGCAAAAUGAGGGAGCCUGAUAAAGCAUCUGGCAUUUACGAGAAGUGGCUCGUGAGGAGGAAUGAGUUGCCCUCUUUAAGAACUUAGGUCAUGCAUGCGUAUUGUAACAUUGUUUCUAAAGAACAGGGUUCCAUUGUGGCAGACAAGUAAAGAGUUCGAGGAGCUAAAUUCAACUGAACACCACCUGAUGGAGGAGGUUUUCUGCUUGUGGCAAAUUGGAUUCUUUCUUCCUAUGAUCUCUCUGGAGGAUCAUGCACUUAACAGGUCAGCUGAUAGAAUUCAGUAUGUUGCUUCACAGCCCGGCUCCUAAAACUGGGACAAGACCUGAUCAUUCCUUUAAUGAAUGCUUGGAACGUCAUAUUAGGACAAUCUCCUGCAGGAUGGAGUAUAUUCAACAGGACUUUGAUCAGAAUGCUCAACCUAUAGUCUUCAGGCUAAGCAGAUGGAACCAGUCAAAAGUACUUUCUGAUUUCGAUGAUGGAGAAACCUAUGAUAUAUGUGGAUGCCCAAACAGUCACUGACCAGUGUGGCAAGGCUUCAGAGCUCAAAAAUUCAAAGCAUGCAUCUUCACUAUGGUCCAAGAGUAGAAUAAAUAAGAACUUGCCUGUCCACUUAUUUGAUCAACUAGAAGAUAGGCCUCUUGCCUUGCUUGAUGGGUGAAGAACAAGGUUGGCACUUUGAUCAUCAGAGAAUUUGAAGCGAAAAAUGGAGUCCUAUGAAGGGCCAGAGAUAUACCCUAGUGGAUGCCUUAUAAUUCAUGAAGAAGCAAACUCGUACAGCGAAGCCAUCUCAUCCCAAUUCAGAUGCAAGGAGUGAAGCAGGUAGUCACUUGUCUGUGAAGACAAGGAAAAUACAAAAGCACUGAUGGUGUGGGGUAGAAAGUGAUUAGUAAAUUAUUUCAGAAGGCGAGGUGAAAUUUCAUCCCGAUUUACAACUUUAUCUUUUGGCAAGUUUUCGAGCAGCUUCAGUUGGUUGAGGAAGCAUGUUAGAAUGGAGCGAAAAUUAAUUUGUGAUGGUUUCUGAACUAUAGCAUAUGACGUUGUAUCUGAUACAGUGUUUCUCCUUCUUUUUCGAUCAGUAAUAGUAUCAACAUGUGAUCCAUGACUGGUGAUCGCAUUGGUCAAA